AUUGAGAUAUAAUCCUAAAGAUCUUUACAGGUUACUGCCGGCUGCGAAGAGACCGCAAUGCAGUGCCCUAUGUUAACAAACCAUCUGGUGCAGCAUGUCUUAGAAGCGGACAAAGGAAACAAUGCAACACUCACGUCGUGGUGCUUGGAAGACCUUACAAGUGAUGGCGACAAUUACAGCACCUAUGUGACCGGUGUCAAAGUGGCAUAUUCUCAAGGAGGAGCAGCUCUUGAAACUACCUAUGUGGCUAAGAUAAAUCCCAGCGGAAAUGUGAGUAAAUCUGGAAGUUUGACUUCCUCAAUGUUUGAGAAGGAAGGCCAGUUUUACACCGAGUUGGAACCCGCUUUGAGUUUGGAAUUAACAGCUUUGGGUCAUGAGAGCCUUAGGGUCCCUACUUUUUUUUAUGUUUCUUUGGAUCGAGGUCAUGAAGUGAUGAUCAUGGAGAAUCUGCAAGUCCAUGGGUUCCGGAUGAAUGACCGAAGAAAAGGGCUGGAUGUUAUCCACGCCACUCUGGUAAUACAGGAGUUAGCUAGACUGCAUGCAGCUUCAGUAUUACUAAAGAUUAAUAAAGGACCUAAAUUGUUAAAUGAAGUUUUGAGCAAAGACUGGAUGAACUUCGAUAAAGCAACUCAUGAUUUCUUGAAAGUUAAGUAUUCUGGGCAUGUUGAUAAUGCUAUUGUUACCCUGGAGAAGAUCGGAGGCUAUGAUAAGACAGUAGCUUGGCUGCGAGAUUUGAAGCCUCAAGCACUAGAGAUUCUAGAAGACCAAGCCAAGGAUGCAGACCCAUUUAAUGUCGUCAUCCAUGGUGACUGCUGGAACAACAACCUCUUAUUCAGGUACAACUUAAAGGGAAAACCCGUGGAGGUAAUGCUGUUGGAUUUGCAGCUGAUUCGCCAAGCCUCCUUGGCAAUAGAUCUAAAUUUCUUUCUCUACACUAGUCUAGAUGGGCCUACAAGGAGAAGCAACAUGACUUACUUUUUGGAUACUUACUACGAUUGUUUCAAAACUGUCAUUGAAUCGGCCCAGCGAGACAUGCCAUUCACUCGAGAAGCUUUCAAGCAGGAAUUCGUUGACAAACACCUGUAUGGCUUUUUAUUCGCAAUCUUUAUCAUUCCACUCUCCGUGUGUAGGAGUGACCAGCUUCCAAAAGGGUUAACAGACUCCUUUGGGAAAAAGCAAGAAAACCUCAUGCUCGAUAUGUUAGACAGCAAUCCAUUGUUUAGACCACGCUUUCUCGCUCUCUUUGAUGAGAUGAUGGAGGAUGGGGUCAUCACAUGCAGCAUACCAUGAAUUCCUCUAUGAGUAAUUAUGUAUAUAGGGGAUUGGACACACACACACACACACACACAUACACACACACACACACACACACACACACACACACACACACACACAC